UAUUUCCCCCCAAUCGAGUCGAGCCAAAAUCGUCCUUUCUCCCCGUCCAUUUACUUCUAGAUUCGUGUGGUGCGUGGUGCUGUGCUGAUCCAAUGAGGGCAUCCAUGGUGCGAUUAGGUUCGUCGUCUUCGUCUUUCCAGCGCGCUAGCUAGAGAGUCGUGUUUUGCGGUUGCAGUUUGAUUUUCAAGAAUUUAUUCAAAAAAAAAAGUUUGAUUUCAAGUGAACACCCAUUCGGCGCGCUGGAAGCGAAUCUCCCGAUUGGCGACAAAGGGACAUUUCUGCUAUGCUCUUCAGGACAUGAGCAUAACAAGGCUGACAUUCUGCAUGAUUAUUGUGCUUUCUUGUUUCCUGCCUUGUGCUGUCCCAGAGCCUCAAAUUUACUGUCUAGCAUUGAGGUAUAUAUGCUUGCAGCGAGGAGCGAGCUUAGAACGGCAGUGUUUAGCCAUGCUUUUUGUCUGUUUAGUUUGCAGAUUAUGUCACUAGUGAUGAACUGAACUAGCGAACUGAACUGAACGCACUACACUCAUGCCAGUUGCAUAUCCAUGUGGCCAUGGUCAAUGAUGAUACAUGAUGCUUUCUGCAAAGAUGGUAGUGCUUUCUUGUUUUCUGUUUUGUAUUUCCAGAGCCUCAGGUCUACUCCUGUGUCUAGCAUCAAGGUGUAUGCUUGCAGGGAGUUCAGAUCGAUAAGGACUGAAGAAUUGACAAACAUGGCAUCUAGUGGCAUGAAAGAUUUUUACCGGCAGAAAAAGAAAGGAGGUGUGACCAAGGCGGCAUCACCUUCCAAUAAGAAAACAAAGCAGUACACUGUCGGGGCCUCCGUCGGGGCCCCAGAUACUGCUCAGACAUCAGCACUUGUUUCUCAUGGCUCCUGGGAUCUCAAAGAUGAUUUUGGUGAGCAAGAGGAGCAGCUGCGGCAAUACGACUUGGACAUGAAGUUUGGCCCAUGUAUUGGUGUCACCCGGCUUCAGCGCUGGGAGCGCGCUUCUGCCAUGGGCCUCCAGCCACCAGCCCAUCUCCGGGAUCUCUUGCUGCGUGUUCCAUCAACGAAGGAUCGCAGUGAUCCUUAUGUCGGGUGCCUAUGGGAGGGUAAAGUCUAGAAGCAUCUUCUAUGACAAAGCACCGCCUUGGCGCCUUGUUCAUAGUAACCUAGUGUGACAUGUUCCGCUGCUUCCACUUCGUAGCUGGGGGUCCAGUAGUUCACUCUGCAACCUCCUGUAAUCCUGCUGAUGUAUGAUGGCACUGUUUUGUUUCUCUUUGAGUACGCUCAGUUUGUCUGAAUGUACUGUACCCAACUUCUUGCCGUGGAAUCGUCUUUCUCUUAUCCUCCCAUAA